ACAUUUUCUUCAUACACAUUUAUUUCUAUAUAAAGUAAUCCCUCACAUGCAUCAAACACUCAUCAAUUAACAAUGGCUUCUUUUGCUACUCUUCUCUCUCUUCUCACAAUAGCCCUUCUGUCAUCUUCUUGCACAUCACAGUUCAUCUUACCAAUUGGAAAAGACCCAGUAACCAGUCUCUUCUACACCUCAAUCGGCAUAGGAACACCUCGACACAACUUUGAUGUAUUGAUUGAUCUUGGAGAAUCAAUGCUAUGGUAUGAAUGCAACAAUAACUACACUUCUUCAACCUUCAAUCCUCUCCCUUGUCAAUCCAAACUUUGCCCUUGGAAAAACCAAUGCACUGAAUGCAACGCCCCUUUGAGAUCACCAGGUUGCUCCAACAACACAUGUGAUACUCCCAUAAGCAAUCCAUUCGGUGGUUUACUGUUCUCAGGUGAAACCGGUGAUGAUGUUUUGUUCAUAUCAGAUUCAAAAGUCUCUGGACUAUUUUCUGGUUGCACUGACUCAGACUAUUAUCAUCUUGAUUUUCCUAUAAGUAAAGCCUUUCCUAAAGCUAGAGGAAUAUUAGGCCUCGGAAGGACACAGUUUGCAUUACCAACACAGUUAUCACUAUCUUCUCAUAAACUUCCUCACAAGUUUGCUCUUUGUUUACCAUCUUCAAACAAGAAAGGACUUGGUAGUCUUUUCAUUGGUGGGAUUCCCCAACAAAACUCUUUGUCAAAGUUUCAUCUCACUACUAUUCCUCUUGUUGUUAACCCUUUUAGCACUGCUCCAACAUAUGAUCUAGGUGAGCCUUCUUAUGAGUAUUUCAUAGAUGUGAAAUCCAUUAAAGUUGGUGGCCAAGCUCUCAACUUCAAGACAUCCGUUUUGUCUAUUGACAAAAAGGGUAAUGGUGGAACAAAGAUUAGGAACUUGCAUUCUCACACUCUUUUGCAUAGCUCUAUAUACAAACCUCUUGUUAGAGAUUUUGUUAAUAAGGCUGGUGAUAAAAAUAUAAAGAAAGUUGCAUCGGUUGCACCAUUUGGAGCAUGUUUUGAUUUAACAACUAUUGGUAGGACUGUUACUGGAUUGGAUGUGCCUACUAUUGAUUUGGUACUAGAAGGGGGUGUAGAGUGGACAAUUUAUGGUGGAAAUUCAAUGGUGUUGGUGAAUAAAAAUGUAGCAUGCCUUGGAUUUGUGGAUGGUGGUAAAGAGCCAAGAACAGCUGUUGUUAUUGGUGGGCACAUAUUGGAGGAUAAUUUAUUGGAAUUUGAUUUGGUUUCUUCUACAUUAGGAUUUAGUUCUUCACUCCUAGUUCAUAAUGCAAGAUGUUCCAAUUCAGAUGCUAAGGGAAAUCUUAUUUCAGAUGAGUGAGAUUAUAGGUUCAAGUAAACUUUUGUUAUUUCUGUUUGAACUGAGUGAGUUCUCAUGAUUGUAACUUUUGUCAUUUUCCUUUUUCUUUAUUAUUGUAAUUUAUGUAUUUUUUACUAAGAAUCAAUGAAGUGUAUGCAUUUUCUUUUAA